UAAUAAUAGUACAAUGAGUACAAUAACCAACAGAACCAAAUCAAUAGAUUUAAAGAAAUUAUACAUUGGUAAUCUUGAUGAGACAGUUAAUGAAUACAUAAUUAUGCAAUUAUUUAAACCUUUUGGAAAAAUUACUUCUAUUGAAGUCAUGGUCCAUUGGAUGGGAGUUAAAAAAGGAUUGUCGAGAGGUUAUGGAUUUUUAGAAUUUGAUACAAAAGAGCAAGCAUUAAAUGCAAAGAAUGCCUUACAUGGAAAAUUGUUAAAAGGAAGACCUUUAGUCGUCUCAUUUGCUUAUACUUUAGAUGAAAAUAAGCAAAGUAACAGCAAUUAUAAUAGUAAUAGUAGACGUAAUCAAUCAUUAAAUAGUGGUAAAAAGCCUACAACCCCCAUUUCGUUAAUAAAAGGACAAUCAUUAAAGAAUUCUUCGACGGAUGCUAAAAUCAAAGCAAUAGAAAGGAAAUUAGAAGCAUUAAAAAAACAAAAAGUAACAGCAUCUCCAUCUACAUCUCCAUCCACAUCCUCUGCAGCAACAUCUCCUUUAAGGUCAAUAAAAAGUUAUCAACAACAAUCAAAUCGUUUUAAACCAUAUUAAAUCAAAUAAAAAAUACAAGCAUUUUACAUAUA